ACACAGUUUCUUCACGAUCGAAGACCUGUUUGGACGGUUUCGCGAAUUGGAAACUCCCUUUCGAUAGACGGCAUUCUAUUUUUAAUUUGAAACUUAGAAUAUUUGCUCGCCUUCCCUGCUUUUAAAUAUAACGUUCACAUCACAUCCUUGCGACGCCCUUAUUCCAUCAGGGAUAGAUUUUUCCGUCACGGUCGUUAUAUUUUUCCCAUCAUUUUGCUCUCGCGCGCGCACCAUUCUGAACACAAGUUUCAGGUAUUCGCAGUGGUACAUGAAAGAAAAGUCUAAAGUGAAUAGUAGGAUUUUGGCUUCAGUAUUCUAAAUUUGGCCCGUGUAUUAUAUAAAAAUUAAUUCAGUUCAAGUGUAACAACAUCGGAAAGUAAUUUGUUUUGCAAGUACUUCGUAGUAUCAACAGAAUAAUAAGUUGAUUUCGUAGCCUUCUGAGAAGCGUGUAGCUAUGCUGCAUUGAUAAAGUUGAAGCCCUUCAUUGCAAGAACACUGCCGCUUUGUAUGCGUACGUGCUAAAGACGGAGUUGAUUGGUUGAAUAUUUGUUGAACAACUGCAAAAGUGCAUAAAAAUGUCAAAACCAAAAUCACCUAGCCACCCAGUUCCCGAGGCGGAGAAAGAAGUGUUUAUGAGGAGCAAACCGGACCCGAUUCCGUUCGGCAAGUUCCUAUACAACUCCAAUGAGGGGACCGUUCUCGGCCGUAACGCUGCUUCUUGGGCUAAAAUUGGCACAUUCUACUUCAUCUUCUACUGCGUGUUAGCUGCCCUUGUUGCCGUAUGCAUGUGGGUAUUUUUCCAAACGCUUGACCCCAGGACUCCGAAGUGGCAGCUGGAUCAGUCACUAAUCGGCACAAAUCCAGGUUUAGGCUUCCGUCCGCUCCCGUCGGAAGACAAUGUUGAAAGCACGCUGAUCUGGUACAAAGGCACUGAAGAGAAGAAUUACAAGCAAUGGACUGAUGCACUGGACGAUUUCCUGCAAGACUACAGAACACCCGGACAGAUUUCCGGUCGAGGACAAAACAUUUACAACUGUGAUUACACUCAGCCCCCGCCGCCAAGGACCGUGUGCGAUGUUGACAUCAAGCAGUACGGCCCAUGCACCCUGGAGAACCACUACAACUACCACAAGAGCGCUCCGUGCAUAUUCCUGAAGCUAAACAAGAUCUACGGAUGGAUUCCGAGCUUCUUCAACGACUCCACUAACCUGCCAAACAAUAUGCCAAAGGAUCUCCAGGAAUAUAUCAAGCUUGUGGACGAAAAGGAAAAGCAUACCAUGAACACCGUUUGGGUAUCGUGUGAAGGCGAGAACCCUGCCGACAUUGAAAACGUAGGACCAAUUAAGUAUUACCCACGUCGUGGUUUCCCCGGCUAUUACUAUCCUUAUGAAAACUCGGAAGGCUACCUGAGUCCGCUGGUUGCGGUUCAUUUUGAGCGUCCAAUUCGCGGAAUUAUCAUUAACGUCGAGUGCAAGGCCUGGGCUCGUAACAUCAAACACGACCGACAUGAACGAUUGGGAUCGGUACAUUUCGAGCUGCUGAUCGACUAAACCUGGAGCAAGUCAGCCAGCAUAGAAGCUAGGGGUACCGUCUCAGGAUGCAUCCAUCUGAUAUGGUGCUAGCCAUGUGUCUAGCGCGCAGCUCAUCUGCCUCCACCAGUUCUUAUCGAACCGCUAGGUAGCUCGUAAUUGAUUUUUCUAAACAAAAACUAAUAGUUAGUCAAAAGUUAGCUAUUCAUCCACCGCUUUUUACCAGGGUGAUUCAAAACAGCCACCGCCUUUUUAUCGCUUUUCACAAAAUUUUACAACCUCUCAAUGUUUCUAAAGUUAUUGAUUGAAGAAAAAAUGCUACCUUUACUAUAUUCUUGUUUAUUUGAAAUCCAUGAGCGUAAAUUAAGAUUAGGUGAUCUCUUUAGAUCUUCUUAGAGGACGAAGAAAAAAAAUCUAAAACUAACAUAAAAAGACGUUAAGAAGAAUCUGUCUAUUAAGAUGUAUGAUGUUGUGCUUUCAAUUUUUAUGAUUGUAAAUAAUAAAUGACAGUUCAAAUCGUUAAUGAGACAUCAUUUCAAUUGCCGAACAAAAAGUUGAAGAUUCCAACCGAAUUACUCAACAAAAUACCGGUCCAUCGCAAAAUAGAAAAGAUUUAUUUAUUAUUUUUCCGCAUCUUUGUACUACUGCCAAAUCGAUAGGUUUGUUCUAUAAAUAUUUGACAGACAUUAAUUGUAUCCAGACGCCAUCACUUGCAAGUGGCAGUUAUUGGAAACAUACUGAAUAUGUUCUCCAAUAUUAAUACUACUUAUCGUUGCUUAGCACAAUUGUUAAUGCGGACCAUUUCCUCAGUACUACUCAAAUUGAAAUAAACAGUCUACGUUCAUACAAUUUGAUCCAAGACAGAACCAAGACAUACAAACAUUGAACUAAAUCUGUAACUACGAUAGAAAUAAAUUUAAAUUAAUGAUGGAAUAAGAUAAAAAAAAGUAUUAUUUAAUGUGGCAAUAUAGCAAUGAGUGACCAGUGUUCAUGAAUAAACUAAAGUGUCAAUACAUGCUUAUGAAAGAGAAUUCAACGUACAGCCGGAAGUAAAAUUCCCACCUUGUAGACAUAUUCCACAUCCUUUCGAAUAUUUACCAAUUCACAUCUUUAAAAAAAAAUCUCGGUAUUGUAAGUGUUUUUCCAAUCUUCUGUCCAAAUAUUUGUUUCAUUGUUUCAAACAAGAUAAUUGCGUCCUCGGAAUCAAAAUUCCACGUUCUAUGUAAUUCGUUUGUUAAUACGUAAGCUUUCAAUCAGGUAUCAAUUAGGUCAACUGAUUAUUGGUGUACUUCGAGAUGAUAUUGCACCAAAUUUGAGAACAAAUUGUUUCUACUUUUGCAUUCGAAUGAUGAAAUUCCACCACCUGGAUAACACUGUUACUAGAGGGAGGGAGAAAAUAAAAGAAUACAAAAACAGAAAGAA